AUGAAAGAUAAUGAUAACGAUUAUCAUACUAUCAAAUAUGUUCACAGUGAGAGGUAUUUGAAUGCCUGUUCAAAACUACCAGCAUAUAAUAGACAUUCGGAACAACCUUAUGGUAGUGCUGCUAAUUUAAUACAGGAGGAAAUUGAUGAAUUACCUUCAAGAUCGGAACUUGUUCAUUCUCUGAUAGAGGCUUUUGGAAUUUUGGAAAAAGUGGAAAGCAUUGAACCAGAAAAGGCUCUGAUGAAGGAUUUACAAAUUUAUCACUCAAAAGAAUACGUUCAUGCAUUGUAUAAAAUCGAUAAAAGUUUGAAAGCAAGAUCGUCAUUGGGUGAUAAAGAGGAAGAUAUGAGUGAUGAAGAAGUAUCGAGUGAUGAAUCUUCAAAUAGUGAUAAUGAUGAUGCAACUGAUAUUGAGGAAUUAAAAAAACAAUUUGGAUUGGUGGAUGAUGCUCAUGAUUUUAAGGGAAUGUUUAAUUAUGCUCUUUAUAUUGGUGGGUCCUGCAAUGCCAUAGCAAAAGAGGUAAAUCACUUUUUGAAGAGUAGCUCUAGUGAGGAACGAUUGACCAUUUUGAAUUUUGAAGGUGGAAGACAUCAUGCAAGAAAAUCAAGGGCAGCUGGAUUUUGUUAUGUUAAUGACGUAGUAAUGCUAUCAUUACUGAUUAAAAGAAGGAAGAUUCUAUGUAUUGAUAUAGAUAUACAUCAUGGUGAUGGAACUGAAGAGGCUUUCUUUAGCAGUGAGAGAGUAUUUACAGUAUCAUUCCAUCAAUUUGGACCUGGACUCUAUCCAGGAACUGGUACCACUGAUAAUAAUGGAACAGGUCGAGGAAAAUAUCACAAUCUCAAUGUGCCACUAAAAGAGGGAUUGUCAGAUAAGAAUUUUGAGAGAAUUUUCACUUCAGUAAUUGCAAAAUCAUUCGAAAAGUUUGAACCAGAAGUUGUUAUUCUAGUGAUGGGAGCUGAUAAUCUGAAUGGAGAUCCUCUUGGUACAUGGAAUUUGAGUUUGGAAAGUUUCGAAUAUGUAACCAAUUUUGUAAAGAAUGAGUUAAAGUCAAAGGUAACGAUUAUUGUUGGUGGAGGUGGUUACAAUUACAUACAUACUGCUAUUGCCUAUGCUACAGUUUCGAACAUGAUGGUAAAUAAUUGUAAAUUACCAGAACUUAUCCCAGAACAUUCAUUCUUUGAAUUGUACAAGAGUGUUGGAUUUUCAUCAAAUGUUAACCAUGGAGUAAAGAGGGAUGAAAACACUGAACAAUAUCUCAAAGAAAUCGAACAACAGUCAAUCAAGCAAAUUGAUAACAUCCCUCCAAAAUCAAAUGCCGCCCAAAUUUAA